AUGGAAGAACAUUCUACAAAACAUUAUGAUAUUCCAGGUUUGGUAUUACGACGAGGACAAAAAUUUUCAUUUACGGUGACAUUCAAUAGAGAUUAUGAUGUUAAACAACAUCAAUUAUAUGUUCGUUUAACGACAGGUUCUCGAUCUAUGAUAUCAAAACAUACACAAAUAAGACUUUUAGUUGACGGAACAGAAAAUUUAAAUGGCUGGUCAGUUAAAAGUCUUUCUCUAGGAAAUAAUGAAACUCAAGAGAAAAAUAAUCGUAUUUCUCUUGAAAUUAAUUCUCCUUCUGAUGCUAUUAUUGGAAAAUAUUCUUUAUUACUUGAAGUUCGUCCUAUAAAGAAAGACGAAAAAGAUGUACUAAACAAACCAGAUUUUGCACUAUUUCUGUUCGAAGUUGAUAUUUAUCUUCUUUUUAAUCCAUGGAACAAAGACGAUGCAUGUGCUUUAUCAUCAUCGGAACAAAUCGAUGAAUAUGUGAUGAAUGAACACGGACAAAUUUAUCUUGGUUCAACGGAUAAACCUCGUGCAGUGCCAUGGUACUUUGGUCAAUUCGAAAGAUCAGCAUUGCUAGCUGCACUAACACUUCUUGACAAAGCACAAUUACCACCACAAAAUCGAAUCGAUCCUUCGAUUAUACUUCGUAUUAUUUCAUCGAAAAUUUGCUCGAAUCCUGGCACCAACAAUGGAAUAUUUCCAUCGUCAUCUGAUAGGAAUACUUUUUCGUCGGAAAACCAUGGAUAUACAAGUAGUACAGGUAUAUUAAAACAAUAUGUUUUAUCCAACGGUCGACCAGUACAAGGUGGCAAUGGAACUAAUUGGCAACAUGCAGCUAUUCUUUGUAGUUUGAGUCGAGCACUGGGUAUUCCAUGUCGUAUUGUUACGAUUUAUAAUGCAGCUUGUCAAACUGAUGGAACCGAAAAUUAUGAUAUUCAUUGGGACAUAAAACAACGGCCAUUAAAACAACUUAAUUCCGAUUUAAUCUGUGCUUCACAUGUAUGGAAUGAAUGUUGGAUGCGUCGCGACGAUUUAUCUAAUGGUGAACACGAUUGGCAAAUUAUUGAUUCAACACCAGUGUUAAUGUGUGACGGUAUUCGACGAACUGGCCCAUGUUCAGUAUCAUUUUUAAAAAAUAGUGAAUUAGGUUUUCGAUGGGAUUCACCAUUUGUUCAUUCAACUAUUAACGGAAAUAAAGCACAUUGGAAUGUCUAUCCAGACGGAAAUAUGGAAUUGUUAGAUGUACAAGAAAAUAUAGUCGGCAGUAAAAUAAUUACACGAUCAUUAACUAACGAAUUCGAAAUAGAAGACAUAACAGAAAACUAUAAAAAUCUGAUGAAAUCAUCCGAUAGAAAUGGCAAUUUCGUAAAACGACCGAACAAUGAUGUAGACUUUGAAUUAAAACUAUCCGACGAUAUGAAAUUUGGAGAUAAUUUAACACUACAAUUGCAUGCAACUAAUAAAUCCAAUGAAACACGUACAAUAGCAACAGCGUUAUCGCUAUGCAUAAUAAGUAGUAGUUAUCAAAAAUUAAUUUCUUGCUACGAUCAACCAAUUCAACUAUCAAAUCUUGGAGCUGGAAAAAAUGAAAACAUUCCAUUGAAAAUCAGACCAGAACAAUAUAUGGCUUAUGGUAAAGCAGAAAAUAUCAUUGUCAAAUAUUAUAUACAUUCACAAAUCAAAGAGACUUCACAAAUAUUUGCACGUGAUGAUAGCAUUGUUUUUAAUAAAGAUGAUCUUGUUAAAUUAAUUCUAAAUGAAGAUGUUAUUGAAGCAGGUAAACCAGCAUUACUUGAAAUACAAAUAGCCAAUACGCUUCAACGUCGAAUAAAUAAUGGACGUAUUCAUAUUGAUGGUUUGGGUAUUAAUCAAAUAAUUCCUGUUAAUCGAGCAUUUGCACCCAAAGAAUCAGCAACAUUUCAUGUUAAACUUACUCCUACUCGUGUUGGAGUUAGCCGUCUUUAUGUCACAUUCAUAUCGGACGAUGUAUGUUCAUUAACCCGAACGAUUCCGCUUGAAAUAGUUGAUGGACCAAUUCCUGUAUAUAAUGAACCAUUAUUAAAAACAACUGCACAACCGUCAGUAAAAGCCGAUGAAAAAUUCGAAAUAAAAAAUGAAAAAAAGAAGUCAACAUCUCAAUUAAAUCUUUCUGCUAAGCCAGCUAAAUCACCGACUAAUGAAGAUCCAUAUCCAUUAACAUCAGCAUCAUCCCUGUCAACCAUUCACGGAGAAAGUCAUGACACAAAAACGUCGGAUAGUUUACGACAUAAAUAUGAUUCAUCAUCGACCGGAAAUGAUGACGAUGAAUCUGAACUUUCUUUUGAAAGAAAACAAAGUCACCUAUCUCGAAAUAAUGAUAGUAAUUCAUCGUUGCCACAUGGUUCAACGCUAUCAUUAGAUAAAGAUAAAAUAUCAAUUGAUAGUUUAGAUACGACCCGCGAUCGUCGUUAUGCAUCUAAUAAUAAUAAUAAUCAAUGA